CAUAAAUGUAAUCUAAUAAGAAGUUAAAAUGGAAAACUACUGAGUCGCAAAACGGCCGGUUUCGUUUGACUUUGGCCAAAUCACUGUGGGAGGAGAGCAGCCUUUUUUCUUCAAUUGUUCAUCAACUAACAAACCUCGAAUCUGAUCAUCCAGUGCAUCUUGAAGCAAUGGACAUUAUGCGGGAGUGUACUGCAAACUACCUGUUCCGGUACAGUUUUAAGUACGAGGAGUUCAUCCUAGCCGAAUCCGGGGGAAUCGAUCGACAACGGCCGUCAGAGGAUCGGAUCGUGGAAAAGAUCCAACAACUCAAGGAUGGAAGUAGAGGUGGUGGAUGGGACGUUCUGGCAGUGUUGAGCGACAUUCUAGGCAUCAAGUUUAUUAUUGUCUCGAAUCAACAAGAAGAUAUUCUCAUCUACGAGAGCACUGCUGGUAUCUCCACACAGGAAGUCUACCUCUACUUCAACGGCCCCGACUCCUACUACAGUAUUGUUGGUGUUAGUGACUGGAACCGAGAUACCGAUCCGCGACGAAGCGAUGCAACGACAACGAGGACAGCAGCUGAGAACAGCAACGAGUCACUCGGCCCGAAGGCGACGGCAAACCAGCUGCCGUAUUGUUCAGCGGUUCCAUUGACCAUAUCUGAAAACAGCGCUGCUGGCAGAGUGGACAUUCCAAACACGGCCGAUACCAACAAGUCAAGUCAAGGCUCUUUGGACAGGUUGGACGUGGGGAAGGAAUUAAGCUGUAACGAAGUACACAACGACAAGGAGAUCAUCAAUUCGGAAGCUUAUUACCAAGUAUUCACCAGCAAUUAUGAUCACUUGAAAAUACUGCGAAUUCCUCCGGACGGCAAUUGCCUUUUCGGUUCGAUUGUCCAUCAGUUGGAGAACUUGGACAUCCGGAGUUCAGGACACAAAAAGUCCGUAGCAGAUCUCAGUGUGUCAACUUCUUGGAGCAACACUGGACGCGGUACGAAAACUCGAUUAUUUCGGAAGCAGUUAAUCGUCAGGAACAGUGGCCGGCGGACGAGUUUAAGGAGGCCUUCAUCGAAAAGCAAAUUGAAGCACUCCGGAAGGACCGCACUUGGGGAGGAUCGGAAAUUUUGGCUGCAGCCUCGGAUAUGCUCGAAAAAAGAUCAAAGUCUUCACAAAACGUUUACCACCUAUAACUUUCGGGGAGGUUGGGGGGUACCCCGGGCGCACCUUGAGAAUCUUUUUUAAUGGCACUAACCAUUACGAUAGCGUCGUAUCUGCGUCGGUAGCGGAGGAUUCCUCAAGACUCAGCAGCAAAGCCGGGGAGAUGUCAGCGACCUGUAGGGACCGCAGGAUGGAGGCUGUUACAGAUGGCUUGAAGCAACAAAGGCCUGGUUCUCGGGACGCUGUCACAGGUAGGCCAAGUCCUAUCGGCAGCACGACGGUGGUGGAUUCAGCUAGGUAGCUCAAUUUGUGCCCAGGACGCUGAAGAUGAGUUCUAACCAAAGUUUGCUUUCUGUCAGACCCAGCAUCAAAGGUGGUGAGGCAUCUGCGACCUGUAGGGACCACGCGAUGGAAGUUGUUACAGCAGUCUCGGAGCAACAACGGUCCGCUGAACUGUCGAAGGAGGGAGAAAUUACAGGCUCUCUGAUUAGAAGCGUUGAGGUGUCUGGUUCUCGAGAGGUUGUCACAGGUAGGCCGAGGUCUGCCGAGUGGUCGUCAGUGGUUGACCCAUCAAGGUAGCUCAUCAUGGAAUUCCUCGGACUUUGAAAAUGGUUUCUAACAACUGUUUGCUUUCUGUCAGACGCAUCAUCAAAGGUGGUUAGGCGUCUGCGACCUGCAGGGAUCGCGGGACGGGUGUUGUUACAGCCGGCUCGGAUCAACAAAAGUACGCUGAGUGGUCAAAGAAUGGAGUUAUCACAGGUCCUCCGCUUAAGGCUGUGGAGGUCGUCGCAACAACAUUUCCCCGAAUGCCACAUCUCCGAAAAGACACUUUCCCGAAAUGUCAUUUACCCGAAAAUCAUUUCCCCGAAUGGCCACAUCCCCGAAUGGCGACAUCCCCUAAAAUCCAUUUUCCCGAAUGGCCACUUCCCCUAAUUUUCCACAUCCCCGAAAAUCAUUUUCCCGAAUGACCAUAUCCCCGAACGGCCAUUUCCCCGAACGCCAC